AUUGAGGUAGUCGAGGGACAGCGCUCUAUUCAUGUAGUCGCAGAUCAGGCUGCCGCCUGCAAGCCAUUAAUCAGUCCCGUCAGGCAUCCCAGAUGCCUUGCAGGAUUGGAACCUCUCCCAUCACCGGUUCCCUCAUACUUGCAUGGGGGCUGCAUUGCCCUACAUGAGCUCUUCCCAAUCUGCGUAGAUGGGACGCAAUGCCAGCGCAUUCUCACUCGAUUUCCCUCGCAAUCAUGUACUACGAUUCUUUCCCCAGGGCUUGCUUCCCCGGGUCUCUUCGUUUGCCACCAAGCCUAAUUCAUACCGUACUGCACAGCAAGACCAACGGAAGCUACGCCGCCCUUCUGUUCCAGGACCAUCCACUGAUGGGGCCCCCCGGUCGCACCGCCACCAUGCGUUCGAGGGGGGAAAUUGAGAUGCACAACGCCGCCGAUUCGACAAUCGCUACGAUUUCUCGGUCGCACAACAAUUACUUUUUGAAUCGGCGCACCUAUAUACUAGGCCUCUGCGCUCUGCUGCGCAAGCAGGACCGGAGGGAAUACCAGAGAAUUAGUUUGCGAGACGGUACAUGGCAAUGGGCGAGAUGGAGAUUUAUCACACUGCUUCACCACCAUCAAGCACACCAUCAAGCAACAACUGAUCCCCCCCUUGAGUUCUGAGAUGCUUUCUUCAACAUGGCUGUGCAGAGCUAGUGCGGAAGGGAGCCAGUCGGUCAGCCGCCCCAGCGAAUGGAAUGGCCGGGCCAUCACGAGGCGAACGGGUGAUCUUUCACUUUCAUGCAGCCACCUUCUGCUUCGCCUGAGAGCCUGAGGAGUGUGAGCUGUCUCCGCAUCUGCUGGGUCGCCAGGCCAAUGACUGUUCGAAGCACUGAAGUAGUGGACCUCAA